UGUCAGCUGGGUGUGUGUGUGUGUACACCGGCUCUGUUUCAUCGGAAUUGCUUAUUUACGUUUUUGCUGCUAGAUAACAACACAUCCUUAUCGAAUCUUUGCACGAAAUUUCAUAAAAAGUAUCCGUUUUCAUUAUGCAACAAAACAACCUAUUGCAACAGCCUGAUGACCCGCAGCGAAAUGCACUGAACUACCAAUUUUCUCCGGAAGAGCUGCGAGUCCUUCGCGAAUGCAAUCGUGAAUCUUUCUUCCAACGAUCUCUUCCGCUGGGAACGGUCAUGGGCUUUGGAGCUUGGUAUGCAGUACACAACAAGUAUCUGAAGCCAAGUGUUCGGUUUGGUCCUGCCCCGAAGAUAUUGGUUGGCGUUACGCUUGGCUACUUCAUCGGCAAGAUCAGCUACCAGAGCAAAUGUGCCGAGAAGAUUUUGCAGCUGCCCAACUCCCGAUUGGCCGAUUUGAUGCGUCAGCGUCGACAGGGAACAACAGGAAUGGCCGAUAAGUUCCUUCCGGAUCAAGGGUUCGGCGCUUCGAGUAUGCUGACACCAUUCGAAACCACUCCGGCACGCGACCGCCAGGCGGACGCAUCUUUCCUCAGCAACGGUUCGAUGAAUCUAUACUACGAUGGCCCACAAUACUCCGGGCUAGAUGAUAGCGGUCGUCCAACUGUUGACUCUACCACAAACUUCGAAGAGGAUCUCCAGUUGCCACUGGCACCCAAGGCAUCCAAAAGCUACGAGGAGCUGCGACGGCAGAACCGUGAAGAGUAUCUGAAGCGUCAGCAGCAACCCUACCGACCGGCCACGGUCCUCGAAGACAGUCCACCCAUCCGGCGUGAUGCGGCAGAACGGCGAGCCAGUGCAUCUUCGGCCGAGGAACCUUCGAUGCCGCCGGGUCCCCCUUCCGUCAGGAACAAGUACGGCGAUGCAUGGUCACAGUAAAAGCAGUUCUUCAAAGCAUUUUGUGGUUACUUAUUGAAAAGCUUAGUAGACAUUAACGAUACGCGCCCAAAUACAGCAUUAGCUAAAAUCACA